AUGACAUACUCUACCGACAUCUCUAGAGCGACAUCUGAAAAAGUGGCAGAUGGUACAGCUUCUACAACUUCAAACAAUGUUGAUCCUAGUCCUACAGUUGAUGUUGAGAAAAAAUUACAAUACUUUUUGAUUAGUUUAACUAUAUUGAUUGUAUUUAUCGCAGGUGUCCUUUACAUUUAUGCAUGUCAUUCAAGACGAAAUAGGACGGAAAUAGUUGAAGAGUAUCAUGUCUAUUUUCCAUCCAAUCCUACAAGAUAUGUUCCACCUUAUACAUCACGCAUCACGUCAUCGAAAAUCGAUCUUGUUUUUCCUCAGCAUAUAUUUCAAAAUCCAAUCAAUACUAAAGAUAAACCAUCUUUUGACGAACAUCAUGAUGAACAAAUAUCCUUGCAUCAUUUGUGGCUUUCUAGUGCUUCUCAAACGUGUAUUAUAUGUUUGGAAGAAUUUAUACAUGAUCAUUCAUCCAUAAGGCAAUUACCGUGUAAACAUAUCUACCAUGUUCAUUGUAUAGACUCUUGGUUGGCACGAUCACAAGUAUGUCCACUAUGUAAGACUGAUUGUACCAUCAUUCAAAAACAAGAAGGUGUACCAGCAUCAUUAUCAAACGAAAAUCCAAUAUCCCCUUCGACCUCUAGAUCCGUUAUUUUCCCACCCAACGUAACCAUAGUAUAA